AAGGCGGGCCGAGAGAAGGACUAUAAAUAGGACGGAGACAGGCGGCGGCUGUUCUCGGCUUUGCGAGAGAGAUGAGGGGUCUGAGCGCUACGUGGUGAAACAAAGGGGAACCGAGGAUGGGGAAGUUGUGCUUCGUUUCGUAAUGGCCAUGAAAACCAUACGAGGCUGAGCAAUGGGGAGAGACGGAAGCCCGCUUUGACUCAGCAAGGCUCCCUUGCAACCAGCUAGCCCAAUCUCCAGUUAUAUUGACUAUCAAUGAGUACCUAGUGGAAGAUGUCCUCUGGGCUCACAGAAGAACAGAAAAGGAAGAUUGAGGAGAACAGGCAGAAGGCUUUGGCAAGGAGAGCAGAACGACUGGCUGUUCAGCAAGGUGGUGUGGCUAAGAAUCCUGAACUUUCUAGCUGUCCAGGAAACCUGCAGCAGCCUUUAAAGAAGGAAAAUUAUCGCACCAACUUCACUAGCCAUUGCCUGCAGGAUGCUGGAAGCCAUGGAGUGCAGAAGUCUCUUCAAAUGCAAGACAGUCACUGCAGCUCACACCAACAGGCAGCCAUUUUGUGUGGUGCUCAACAGAAGGGUCAUUCGGAGGGUUCAAGCCAAAAUAGAGGUGGGCAGCUGAGUAGUACUAAGCAGUUGUUGCCAGUGGGUGUAGACAACCUUCAGUGGCAUUCUUCUGACCUGAGUACUCAGGAGCAAGGUUCUCCAGUCCAACAUAAUUCUAACACAUGGCAGCCAACAGAACAGCCUGGACUAGAUGCUAAUAGGAGCCUUGGCAAUCUUAAGAAUGUGCUCCCUCUGAACAAAUCCACCAGUGGGUAUGGUGAUAUUAAACAUAUACCACCAGUGAAUGCCAGCAGCACUUCCUCAAGUGAUUGCGAAAUACAGGCAGGUACCAGGAAUCCAGCUAGUGAACUCUUGACCACCAAGGAAGGCAGUAGCACAGUGCAGUUCUAUGGCACAAAAAAACCAUUAGCCCCUGUGAAGGGGGGCAGAGGACAGAAACCAGCUGUUUCCGGGGAUGCUGGCAACAUAUCUGAAAUGCCUGUACAAAGAAAACCACACAGUGGCCUCAAAGGGAAAUGUGUGAAGUACUCUAACGACCGAUUCCGGGUUGAGAUUGGAUACAAUGCAGAGCUUAUUGAAAUGUUCAGGAGUUUACCAAGCAGAAACUAUGAUCCUGCAACAAAGAUGUGGAAUUUCAGUCUUGAAGACUACAGCAAUCUCAUGGAAGAAGCAGAGCAAAUUCCCUCUGUAACUUUGGCACCCCUGGAAGGGAUGGCGGCAGCUGCUCGGGCCACUGAGUCAACUUCUGUUGGUAGAAGGCUUCAUCUGCGAUCUCUCUUGCAGACGUGUGUUGGGUGGCAGAAACCAUCAGCAACUAUCAGGGGAAAAUGUGUGCUGAUCUCAUACACUCGAUUUGAAGUAGAUAUUGGCUACGCCGCCAACAUCAUAGGGGUGUUCAAACAAGUGAAUUCUAGGAAUUAUGACAUGAAGACUAGAAAAUGGAGUUUCUUACUGGAGGACUACCUAAGACUAAUUGAACUGGUAAAGAGUCUUCCAGAGGUGGAGGUAGAACCGCUGCCUAAGCCAGUAAUACAAGCCUUUGCUACUCAGUUUGAGAAGUCUGUCUCAAAGACUGCAGAGAUCCCAGAAGCAGACCUUUCGGGAGUGGAUUCGAAGGUUGUGACAAGCCUCAUGCCAUUUCAGAGAGAAGGUGUAAAUUUUGCCAUCUCCAGAGAAGGCCGUUUGCUACUUGCUGAUGACAUGGGCUUAGGGAAAACGAUCCAGGCAAUCUGCAUUGCUGCUUAUUAUCGAAAGGAGUGGCCGCUGCUGGUGGUAGCUCCUUCCUCAGUGAGAUUUACUUGGGCAGAGGCUUUCCACAGGUGGCUGCCUUCCUUGAAUCCAGAUAGCAUCAGUGUCAUAGCAACGGGCAAGGACUGCCUGUUGGCAAGAUUGAUAAAUGUUGUCAGUUUUGACCUUCUCAGCAAGAUGGAGAAACAGCUCAAAACCACUUUCCAAGUUGUGAUUGUUGAUGAAUCCCAUUUUCUUAAGAACAUCAAAACUGCUCGAUGUCGCGCUGCGAUGCCUCUCCUGAAGGCUGCUAAACGAGUAAUCUUGCUGUCGGGCACCCCUGCCAUGUCACGCCCUGCAGAACUGUAUACCCAGAUUGCAGCUGUCAGACCAUCCUUUUUCUCUCAAUUCCACAUCUUUGGGCUUCGCUACUGUGCUGCUAAGCAGAGGCCUUGGGGAUGGGAUUACUCUGGAUCAUCCAACCUUGGUGAGCUGAAACUUCUUCUGGAAGAAUCCAUCAUGAUCCGUCGCCUGAAGUCAGAUGUUCUCUCCCAGCUGCCGGCAAAGCAGCGUAAAAUGGUGGUGGUAGCUCCUGAAGGCCUGAAUGCCAGGACCAAGGCUGAGCUAGCAGCAGCUGCAAAAGGAUUGGCCAAGGGCUGUAAGAGUAAACAAGAAGAGAAGGAAGCGCUCAUUCUAUUUUACAACAGAACUGCAGAAGCCAAAAUCUGCUGUAUCAUAGAAUACAUCCUAGAUUUAUUGGAAAGUGGACGAGGAAAAUUUCUGGUAUUCGCUCAUCACAAGCUAAUUCUGGAUGCAAUCAGUGAGGAAUUGGAGAAAAAGCACAUCGGAUACAUUCGCAUUGAUGGAUCCACGCCCUCAGCUGAACGCCAGUCUUUAUGCCAAGAAUUCCAGUACUCUGAGAAGUGCUGUGUGGGUGUUCUCUCCCUAACAGCAGCUAACAUGGGACUUACCCUCUCCUCUGCUGAUUUGGUUGUGUUUGCAGAACUGUUCUGGAACCCUGGGGUUUUGAUCCAAGCAGAAGACCGGGCACACCGUAUUGGACAAACCAAUUCUGUUAAUAUCCACUACCUUGUAGCGAAAGGCACAGCUGAUGACUACUUAUGGCCUAUGAUUCAAAGGAAGAUCAGAGUGUUGGGGGAAGCUGGCCUUUCUGAAGCCAAGUUCUCGGAGACAGCUGAAGCUACAGAUUAUUUCUAUAAGCAAGACCCAAAGCAGCAGAGCAUCUUCAACCUUUUCCAGAGGACCUUAUGUGAAGAUGCAGAUGACAUGGAUGAAGCCCUACUGGUGGAAGCAGUCGAUGCAUGUGAGGAUUCUGGACCUCAGACUUCCUCGGGUGAAGCAGAAGGAGACCUUUUCCCCCCAAGUCCAUGCAAGAAAAGGCGCAUUGAUGACUUUUUUUGCAGGCAGUAAUAUUAUUUUUUCAAAUGAUGCUUUUUAUUUAAGAAAAAAAUGUGUAUAGUGAAUUGUUUGCUAAAAUAAACCUAAUGGCAUUUUAAAAAAUGGGUAUGUUGAAUCAUACACACACAACUACAGCUCAUACUUUCUUUCACACAAUAGAAGAAACUUGCCCUGUUUAGUUAGUCCAUAUGCAGCCCAAACCUUUGUGUUUUUAUUUCCAGUCUAGUGUACAUAUGAUGGUCAAAAUACCAUUUUGGCUACUAUAUUAACAUUGAGCAAGUUGUUAAUUGCUAAAGGACAGAGCCCUCAACAUAAGGGUUCCAGAUAUUUCAUUGUUUUAUCUUGGUACUCCUUUGAAGAAUUUUUUUCCCUGGGCUGGGGUAGUGAUAGUCAUGAAUGCAGCUUAUGCCCAUGAAAACAGGAUUAGUGCAGUGCAGGAUUAGAGGACUUGAAGUCUAUCAAAUAUUUCCUCUAUAAAUGUUUUGAUCUAGCAGUAUCAGAACUCAGAGAGAGGCAGCCAGUCACAAGUACUCGUUUUAAUGCUUCAAAUUAACAAUGGUUGAAUGAAUUUACAGAUAAGAAUCAGGAAGACUCACUAGGAGGGAAAGUACGGGCCAAACUACAUGUUAUGUUAAAAUGUGUCAUUGAUCCUGAUGUGCUUAAUUUUUGUUUACUAAAUAACACCUGUGGGGGAGGCAUGUGGAUUGAAACUGUGGCAAGUGGGGAGGGGACUUUAUAACUCUUUGCCCCUGAUCUUGACUGCUGCCUCCCCCCACAUACUGUGACUUUUUUCCCUGGGACUUGCAUUCUGUGGCUCAAUUUCCAAUCCAAUAAAAUCUGCAGUGAAAUAGA